UCGAGGUACUCGGUGCAGCCGAAUCGGCUUCCACGGCCACCUGUCUUGAGAUGGUCCAGGUCCUUCACUUCUACGUCCAGCCCUCUGGCCAUGAGGGGGCAGCGUCUGGCCACACGCGAAGAAAGCUGCAAGGGAAGCUGCCCGAGCUCCAGGCUGUGGAAAGCGAGCUGUGCUACAAUGUGAACUGGACAGCCAAGGUCCUCCCCAGCGCCGAGGAGAUGAGGAAGCUGAUGUGGCUGUUCGGCUGCCCCUUGCUGCUUGGCGAUGUUGCUCAGGAGUCCUGGCUUCAUGCCGGUCCCAGCGACCUGCUGCUGGAGGUCGGGCCCAGGCUGAACUUCUCCACCCCCACGUCCACCAACAUCGUGUCUGUGUGCCAGGCUGCCGGGCUGGGGGCUGUGGAUCGUGUGGAGGCUACCCGGCGCUACCGGCUUUCGUUUAACCACCCUCCUUCGGCUGAGGUGGAGGCCAUUGCCGUGGCCAUCCUCCAUGACCGGAUGACCGAGCAGCGUUUCCCACACCCCAUAGAGAGCUUCUCCCCCGACAGCAUCCCGGCACCUCUUCAGGGCCCCAUUGACAUCCUGACUGAGGGCCGACCUGCCCUGGAGAAAGCCAACCGGGAGCUAGGCCUGGCCCUAGACUCCUGGGACUUGGAUUUUUAUACCAAACGCUUUCAGGAACUGCAGCGAAACCCAAGUACUGUGGAGGCCUUUGACUUGGCUCAGUCCAACAGUGAGCACAGCCGACACUGGUUCUUCAAGGGUCGGCUCCAUGUGGAUGGGCAGCCGCUGGCACACUCGCUGUUUGAGUCCAUCAUGAGCACCCAGGCAUCCUCCAAUCCCAACAAUAUCCUUAAGUUCUGUGACAACAGCAGCGCCAUCCAGGGGAAGGAGGUCCGUUUCUUGCGGCCCGAGGACCCCACACAGCCAAGCCGCUUCCAGCAGCAGCAGGGACUGAGGCAUGUCGUAUUCACAGCAGAGACUCACAACUUCCCCACAGGGGUGGCCCCCUUCAGUGGUGCCACCACAGGCACGGGGGGCCGGAUCCGAGAUGUCCAGUGCACAGGCCGUGGGGCUCACGUGGUAGCUGGCACUGCUGGUUAUUGCUUCGGAAACUUGCACAUCCCAGGUUACAGUUUGCCCUGGGAGGAACCCAGCUUCCAGUAUCCUGGGAACUUUGCCCGGCCCCUGGAGGUUGCUAUUGAGGCCAGUAACGGAGCUUCCGACUAUGGCAACAAGUUUGGGGAACCAGUGCUGGCUGGCUUUGCCCGCUCUUUUGGGCUCCAGCUCCCAGGUGGCCAGCGGCGUGAGUGGAUCAAGCCCAUCAUGUUUAGUGGGGGCAUUGGGUCCAUGGAGGCUGAGCACGUGAGCAAGGAGCCUCCAGAACCUGGCAUGGAGGUUGUAAAGGUGGGUGGUCCUGUCUACAGGAUUGGCGUUGGGGGCGGAGCAGCUUCCUCUGUGCAGGUUCAGGGAGAUAACGCCAGCGAGCUAGACUUCGGAGCGGUGCAGCGAGGAGACCCUGAGAUGGAACAGAAGAUGAACCGUGUGAUCCGGGCUUGCGUGGAGGCCUCCAAGAGAAACCCCAUCUGCAGCCUCCACGACCAGGGCGCUGGGGGCAAUGGCAAUGUCCUGAAGGAGCUGAGCGAGCCAGCAGGAGCCAUCAUCUACACCAGCCGCUUCCAGCUGGGGGACCCCACACUGAAUGCCCUGGAAAUCUGGGGGGCUGAAUACCAGGAAUCCAAUGCGCUGCUGCUGAGGCCCCUGCACCGAGACUUCCUGACUCGUGUCAGUAUCCGGGAGCGCUGCCCGGCUAGUUUUGUAGGCACCAUCACUGGAGACAGGAAGAUUGUGCUGGUGGACGAUCGCCAGUGUCCGGUGGGAGAAAAUGGCCAAGGGGAUGCCCCCCCAACGCCUCCCCCAACCCCUGUGGACCUGGAGCUCGACUGGGUGCUGGGCAAGAUGCCUCAGAAGGAGUUCUUCCUCCAAAGAGAGCCCCCCAUGCUGCAGCCCCUGAUCCUGCCUGCAGGACUGACUGUGCGCCAGGCUCUGGAGCGGGUUCUGAGGCUUCCCGCAGUGGCCAGCAAGCGCUACCUCACCAACAAGGUGGACCGCUCCGUGGGUGGCCUGGUGGCCCAGCAGCAGUGUGUGGGGCCCCUACAGACUCCCCUAGCGGAUGUAGCAGUGGUGGCACUGAGUCACCAGGAGCUUGUAGGGGCUGCCACAGCCCUCGGAGAGCAGCCAGUCAAGAGCCUGCUAGACCCCAAGGUGGCCGCCCGCCUGGCUGUUUCUGAAGCCCUCACGAACCUGGUGUUUGCUCUGGUCACGGACCUCCGGGAUGUGAAGUGCAGUGGGAACUGGAUGUGGGCAGCCAAGCUCCCUGGGGAGGGUGCAGCUCUGGCUGAUGCCUGUGAGGCCAUGGUGGCUGUGAUGGCGGCCCUGGGUGUGGCGGUGGACGGUGGCAAGGACUCCCUCAGCAUGGCUGCCCGGGUUGGCACUGAGACCGUGCGGGCUCCUGGGUCGCUGGUCAUCUCGGCCUAUGCUGUCUGUCCAGACAUCACAGCCACCAUAACCCCAGACCUCAAGCAUCCUGGAGGGACAGGCUGUCUGCUCUAUGUGCCCCUGAGCCCUGGGCAGCACCGGCUGGGGGGUACUGCCCUGGCCCAGUGCUUCUCCCAGCUCGGGGAUCAGCCUCCCGACCUGGACCUGCCAGAGAAUUUGGUGCGUGCCUUCUGCAUCACCCAGGGACUGCUGAAGGACCGCCUCCUUUGUUCAGGCCAUGACGUCAGUGAUGGAGGCCUCAUCACCUGCCUGCUGGAAAUGGCCUUUGCUGGCAACUGUGGGGUGGAGGUGGAUGUGCCUGCCCCUGGGGCUGACGCGCUGCCUGUGCUGUUUGCUGAGGAGCCAGGCCUGGUGCUGGAGGUGCAGGAACCACACCUGGCUGCUGUACUGCAGCGUUACCGGGGAGCUGGUCUGCAGUGCCUGGAACUCGGCCACACAGGCGAGGCUGGGCCCCAUGCCAUGGUCCGGGUGUCAGUGAACGGGACUGUGGUUCUGGAGGAGCCUGUGGGGCAGCUGCGAGCCUUGUGGGAGGAGACAAGCUUCCAGCUGGACCGGCUGCAGGCAGAGCCACACUGUGUGGCAGAGGAAGAGCGGGGCCUGCAGGAACGGAGAGGGCCUAAUUACUGCCUGCCUCCAACCUUCCCCAAAGCCUCUGUGCCCCAUGAACCUGGAGGCCCCACCCCCCGGGUUGCCAUCCUUCGAGAAGAGGGCAGUAAUGGAGACCGUGAAAUGGCUGAUGCCUUCAACUUGGCCGGGUUUGAGGUGUGGGACGUGACCAUGCAGGACCUCUGUUCUGGGGCCAUCGGGUUGGACACAUUCCGUGGUGUGGCCUUUGUGGGUGGCUUCAGCUAUGCUGAUGUCCUGGGUUCUGGCAAAGGGUGGGCCGCAGCCGUGACAUUUAACCCACGGGCUGGAAGUGAAUUGAGGCGCUUCCGGAAGCGGCCGGACACCUUCAGCUUGGGCGUGUGUAACGGCUGUCAGCUGCUGGCUCUUCUGGGCUGGGUGGGCAGCGACCCAGAGGAGGAGGAAGAUGUGAGCCUUGACUCCUGGCCAGCCCAGCCUGGCCUUCUGCUGCGCCACAACCUAUCCGGGCGCUUUGAGUCUCGCUGGACCAGUGUUCGUGUGGGUCCAGGGCCAGCCGUGAUGCUGCGAGGAAUGGAGGGAGCUGUGCUGCCCGUGUGGAGUGCACAUGGAGAAGGUUACAUGGCAUUUUCUUCUCCUGAACUCCAAUCCCAGAUUGAGGCCCGCGGCUUGGCCCCACUGCACUGGGCAGACGACCAUGGGAACCCAACAGAGCAAUACCCUCUAAAUCCCAAUGGGUCUCCGGGGGGCGUAGCCGGUGUCUGCUCCCGUGAUGGCCGCCACCUGGCGCUCAUGCCUCAUCCAGAGCGGGCCGUGAGGCCAUGGCAGUGGGCAUGGCGGCCCCCUCCCUUUGACACCCUGGCUACCUCGCCCUGGCUGCAGCUGUUUAUCAAUGCCCGAACCUGGGCUCAGGAAGGAGGCUGCUGAUGAGGGAGGCUCCCCAGACCCUGAGAGUCCCCUGCCCUCCCUGCCACUACCGCCUUAUCAUUUCCAGAAGAAUUUUGAACAGACAAGGACCACAGUGCCAGCCACAACCCAGCUAAUGUAAUGACAGCCUGCUCAUUUCUGUGUUAAGCUGCUGCCUCUGUUUCUGGUUCUUAUGUUCUGAUAUGAUUUAUCUUACUCAGAUCCAGGCCUCGUGUGUCCGGCCCAGGGUAGUCAGGAUGCAGGGUGGGGUUCCCUGGGCCACCCCUCAUCCCCCUUUAAUACCUGCCACGUCAUGCCCAGUUUUUCAUCCUUUGGGUUCUGAGCUGUAUUUUAUGCCCAGUUUGCUCAUCCCUGAAAAUUGGAGAAUGAAGCAUGGGCAGCUGUGCCCCUCAACCUUGUUUUCUGUCUGGAAAGCAGAAUCUCCCUGUUCUCUGAAAAUGCUGAGCUGAGCUGUGCUAAGUGUGAAGAGUUUUGCACAAGUUUCUGCAGCAGGGCUUCUGGCUGACUUGGGGCUGACCCCUGAGCUUGAUAUUCCCGAUGGUUGCUUCUCCUAACUGCAGUCCCCUCACUUCCAUAGAAGUGUUUGGUGUGGCAGCCUCAUCCUCCGGUCAGAGCCUCUUGAGUGUCUGUGAGUACUACCUCUUCUUUCCUGUCCGCUUACCAGGCCACUGUGCCAGACAGCCACACCGUUUCCCAGGUAGCUUAGGGUCUGAAGGAAUUUGCUGUGGCAGCUGUCUAUAGCACCAUGAGCCAGUGAGGUGCUGUACGUUUUAGGUGUAUUUCGGUGAAUUCUCAAAAAGGUCAGUAGAGGGAUUUGAUCGCCUCUUUCCUUAGCACAGGAGGAACUGGAGUUAGUCCAGUUGCCUAGGGUCAUGCCGUUUCUAAGGUGUAGCCUGGAGAAUGAACUUUCGUAGGUUCUAUCUGCUUCCAAACAUCCUGUUUCCUGGGCGAUGGCACCAUGAAGAUCCCUUUCUGACAGCUGUGGCAUCACCCCAUGCCUCCUUUGCCCCCUGAAGUACAUAAGGAGAUCAGUUUUGCUAGUUGUCCCCCGCUUACCCUCAAGGUUCAAAAUCU